AAAAAAGAACGCCCCCAAUUUAUUUUUUUACUUUUUCAUCAUUUUGGAGUAAAGUUAACCUAGUCAAUUGUCAAACGUCUCUGAUUGUGUCAAAAAAAAAAAAAAAAAAACAUUACAUGUAAUUGUAAUACAUUGAUACAAAUAUGGCUGCAUAAUAUCAUAAAUAAGUAGGCUAUAUUAAACAAGAAAUAUAAAUUCUAUUAUUUCAAAUUUUAAAUAAAAAAUAACAAAGUUUAAUUAUUGUUCAUUUGUUUGUGGUUAUUGUUUGUUUUUAUUAAAUUGUCAAAAAGAAAAAGUUUUUAAGAAAAAUUCAAAUUAAUUUAUUUGAAGGACAAUAUUUUAUUUUUAUUGUGACAAUUUAUUGUUGGUUUAAUAAUUAUUUAAUUGUUGUUACCAAGAAGGGUCAUCCUUAAAAUGGCCGAAGGAUAUGAUACAAAAAGUCUUUAUCAAUUAAGUGUUUCAGCAGUUGCUACAAAAUUUAAUAGUCAUAAAAAAAAUUUGACUUAUUUACCAGACAGUGUUUUUUUUGACAUCUAUUAUCAGCUUUUUAAGGAACGAAGAUUAUGUCUUCUUGGUGGUGAAUUAAGUGAUUUAGAAAAAUUUACAAGAAUGUUAAAAGUAAGAAAUCGAAGAAUACAUUUAUUACAAAUAUUUCAAACGUUAAUGGAUCAUGGAACAAAAAUUGGUAACGAGUUAUCAAUAAGUUACAGUGCAUGCUGUUUAGAAGUUAGAAAAAAGCCACAUUUACAAAAAAAUACAAUAAAUUUGGGCUUAAAACUUGGUUGUUUUUUGAGUGAUGCUGGAUGGUAUUUAGAAAGUGAAAAAGUCUUAAUUGAAUGUCGUAAUUUAUGUUUAAUUGAUGAUGAUAGUACAGAUAAUUGGUGUCGUAUAUUAGAUUGUUGUCAUAAAUUAUUACAUUCACAAGCAGCAUAUUGUUCAUUCUAUGGUGCUGCUGAAACACAUAUAUUAGCAUUAGAUACAGCUAAAAAAUUGGAAAAUGUAUUAUACAAAGAUUGUAGUCAUGCUGCAUUAUAUUCAGAAUUUAGUGUAUUAUUUUUCAUAAGAAGUGAAUAUGAUAAUGCAUAUAAAUGGAGUAUAUUAGCAUUAACAGAAUUAAAAAAUAAUUUACCAGCAAUAAUAAUUAUUGAUGUAUUAAGACAAGCAGCAAAAUCAUGUGUUGUUAAACGUGAAUUUAAAAAAGCUGGUUUAUUAAUAAAACAAGCUGUUUAUUUAUCACGUGAAAUAUUUGGUACUGAACAUCCAAAAUAUUGUGAUGUAUUAAUUGAUUAUGGUUUUUAUUUAUUAAAUUAUGAUAGUAUUAAAAAUAGUGUAUCUGUAUAUCAAACAGCACUUGAUAUUAGAAAAAAAAUAUUUGGUAAAACAAAUUUACAUGUUGCAAUUGCACAUGAAGAUUUAGCAUAUGCAUUAUAUGUACAAGAUUAUAGUUCUGGUAAAUUUACACCAGCAAAUGAACAUGCUGAAAGAGCCAUUGAAAUAAUGGAAAAAUUAUUACCAUCAGAACAUCUUAUGUUGGCUAGUGCAAAACGUGUACAAGCACUUAUACUUGAAGAAAUUGCACUUGAUAAUGCAACAUCUGAACAAUUAUUACAUAAAUCUGAAUCUUUACAUUUAUCAGCAUUAAAAUUAGCACAAACAGCAUUUGGUGAACAUAAUGUACAAACAGCUAAACAUUAUGGUAAUUUAGGAAGAUUGUAUCAAAGUAUGAGAAGAUUCAAGGAAGCUGAAGUUAUGCAUCUCAAAGCAAUUAGCAUUAAAGAAGAACUUCUUGGUUCUGAGGAUUAUGAAGUUGGUUUGAGUAUUGGUCAUCUUGCAUCACUUUAUAAUUUUCACAUGGCUAGAUAUCGAGAUGCUGAGAAACUUUAUUAUCGUAGCAUCGCAAUAAAUCUCAAGUUGUUUGGUAAGAGCUAUAGUGGUCUUGAGUAUGAUUAUCGUGGAUUACUUCAUGUUUACAGUGAACUCGAUGAGAUUGAUAAAAUUUUAGAAUACACAGAUAUAUUAAAUACAUGGAAAGAAUUGCGUGAUAAACAUGCUCAAUUAGAAGAUCCACCAAUUGAUCUCUACAAACGACCACAACCAAUUGCUGACAUUAUAAAAACAUUUUUUGAAAUGUAAACAAUAUCAUUUUUUUUUUUUUUUUUUUUGACUAUUAUUAAUUGAUAAUAAUUAUUCUAUUUAAUUUAAUUUUUAUUAUUUAAUUUGUUUUCCACAAAUUGAAUUAUUACGAUUAAAUAUUUAUUCAAGCCAUAAUAUAAAUACAAAAAAGGAAAAAAAAAUAUAUUUUCAAUGCACAAUAUUCGGUUCAUAUUUUACUGUAUAAAAA